AUGGAGAUCGCAGAACUGGGAUUCGUCAGACGCCGGCAAGUCCGGCGUGUCCCUCGUUGCCCUGGUGAUUGCCGCCGUGGGUCGGGUGCAGACCAGGCCGCGCCGAACCCCCAGCCUCUGCAGCUGCUGCGGGAUUCUGGAAGAAUGAGGUCCUCCCUGACACCUUUGGGGCCCCCUGUGAGCCGAGAUCGCGUCAUUGCCAGCUUCCCUAAGUGGUACACACCCGAAGCCUGCCUGCAGCUCAAGGAGCACUUCCACGGGCACGUCAGCGCAGCCUGCCAGCGCAGGAACACGGGGACUGUUGGGCUCAGACUCUCCAAGGUGGUUGUCGUUGGCGAUCUCUACGUGGGGAAGACCAGCCUCAUCUACAGGUUUUGCAAGAAUGUUUUUGACCGAGAUUAUAAGGCCACCAUUGGGGUGGACUUUGAAAUUGAGCGCUUUGAGAUCGCAGGGAUUCCCUACAGCCUCCAGAUCUGGGACACAGCUGGGCAGGAGAAGUUCAAGUGCAUCGCAUCUGCCUACUACCGGGGUGCCCAGGUGAUCAUCACAGCCUUUGACCUUACUGACGUGCAGACUCUGGAGCACACCAGGCAGUGGCUGCAGGAUGCGCUACGAGAGAAUGAAGCAAAUUCCUGCUUCAUCUUCCUCGUGGGAACCAAGAAGGACCUUCUGUCAGGGGCAGCGUGCGAGCAGGCCGAAGCGGAGGCUGUGCACAUGGCCAACCAGAUGCAGGCUGAGUACUGGUCGGUGUCCGCCAAGACUGGAGAGAACGUGAAGGCAUUCUUCAGCCGCGUGGCCGCCCUGGCCUUCGAGCAGUCAGUGCUGCAGGACCUGGAAAGGCGGAACAGUGCCCAGCUGCAGGUCGGCGAUGGAGACCUCAUCCGAAUGGAGGGAAGUCCACCCAAGAGCCAGGACAGCAAGCAGCCCUCCAGCCUGGGCUGCUGUUAGCUGGCGCCUGUGUCAGAGGCCUCCACACCCUGUACCUGUGGAAAGGUGACAUGGAACCUGAGUUCUGCAGCAUA